GGCACGGAACGAUCAAGAAACCUCCUCAUCUCCUGUUUCCUUUGCCCCCAAUUUCCCUCUUUUGCCCCUUUAACUGCCGACGCUCCUCGCACAGGAUGGGGGCAAUUGAAGAAACUAAAAAAAAUCCCGCUGCCACUUCUCGAAGGGCACUCCACCUUGUUGCCCGCGUGACUACGAUUUUACCGCCGGGUCCCUUCUCUCCCUCCGCUAUAUAUUCUCCCUCCCUGUUUUCUAAAUUAAAUCAAACAUCCCGCCCCUUAGAUCAUGAAGAAAUCUGGGGCGACGGUUGCCGUCGCAUCCUCCGCCGCCGCCCUCAUCGUCGCCGCCUCCUACUCCGCCGCGCUCUCCGAUUCCUUCGCCGAUCCCAAGUCCCAGUGUCCUAGCCAGCCCAGCGAGCCGGAGGAACAGCGGCGGUCGUCUCCGGCGGCGGAUAGAUUUGCUCCGAGAUUCGAUGGAUUGCGGUUUAUUGAGACCCUCGUGACGGCUCACCGAUGAGGAUAAGAGAACUAAUAGUGCACGCUUUCUCUCCUCUCUCCUUCUUUUAUUUAUUUUGUUGGUAUUAGGGUAUCUAGAGACGCCUUGUAAUAUAGGUGAUGAUUGGUGAGAUCUAACAUUUGAUUAGCUGUCAUUGAAAUCAAUCUUGUUUAGCUUUAAUUGUAAUUAAGUGGAAUUAUCUGUUGUCAUCGAUGUUAUUUGGAAGAAAAUGGUCUUUUAUUUCGAGUUUAGAGUGGACAAAAAGAUUGUUUGUAUGCUGCUGGGUUAUUAAUUAUAGCCGCCAAAUAAUGUUU